UCUCCUCAGCCACCUCCUGCGCGGAGGGUACCACUCGAGGCUGCUGUGACUCAUGGAAUGAGAAAUUAGAAAGAACAUCAACAGAAAACUGGUGCUCCCAGGCAGCCCCCAGUGAGAAAGCGGGAGCAGUGAGACCCAGGCAGCCUCAUCAUCAGGGAGUUCCUAGCAGUGAGCAGGAAAACAUGUCCCUCAGGUCUUCAAUUCUGACCUGCCUUUUCCUGCUAAUCUCUGGUUCCUGGGAGUUCUUCGCUGAGGCCAAUUACUCUAGAAGCUAUCCUUGUGACGAGAGAAGGCAAAAUGGCUCUGUGUUUGCAGACUGCAGCAGUCGUCGACUGCAAGAAGUUCCCCAAACGGUGGACAAAAAUGUCACAGAACUAGACCUGUCUUACAAUUUCAUCAAACGCAUAACGAAUGAAUCCUUUCAAGGGCUACAAAGUCUCACUAAAAUAAAUCUGAACCACAACCCUGAUGUCCAGUAUCAGUAUGAAAAUCAUGGCAUGAAUAAACACGGCAUGAGUAUUACAGACGGGGCACUCUCCGGUCUGACAAACCUAACAGUGCUGUUGCUUGAAGAUGUGCAGUUAUCCAAAAUACCCACUAAUUUGCCGGGGUCUUUGCGAGAACUUAGCCUAGUUCAGAACAAUAUCAACAGUAUAAAUAAAAGUCAUACUACAGGACUUGAGAGCUUGGAAAGGCUCUAUCUGGGCUGGAACUGCUAUUUUAACAUUUGUAAUAAAAAGUUUGACAUCGAAGAUGGAACAUUUAAAAACCUGAGCAAUCUGCAGAUACUGUCGUUAUCUUUCAAUCCUCUGUUCUAUGUGCCAGCAAAAUUGCCAACUUCCCUCAAGGAACUUUAUCUGAGCAACACCCAGAUCAAAACUAUCCAAGCAGAGGACUUCGAGGGACUGAUACACUUAACAGUGCUGGAUUUAAGUGGCAACUGUCCGCGGUGUUUCAAUGCACCGUUCCCAUGCGUGCCUUGUGCAGGAGAUGUUUCCAUUAAGAUAAACAAUUCUGCUUUUCAAAACCUGAGGAAACUUCAAUACCUAAACCUCUCUAGCACUUCCCUCAGUCAGGUUCCUGCAAUCUGGUUUGAAAAUAUGCCUGACCUAAGAGUGCUGCAUCUUGAAUUCAACUACUUAGUGACAGAAAUAGCCUCUGGGGAAUUUUUAAUGAAGCUGCCCCACUUAGAGAUACUCGAUUUAUCUUAUAACUAUGUAAAGACCGAAUAUGCAAAAUAUGUUAAUCUUUCCAACAACUUCUCUAAGCUUUCAUCUCUCCAGGCAUUGCAUUUAAGGGGUUAUGUGUUCCAGGAACUGAGGAGAGAAGAUUUCCAGCCACUGAUGGGGCUUCCAAACUUAACCACUAUUAAUUUGGGUGUUAACUUUAUUAAGCAAGUUGAUUUUACUCUUUUCCGAAAUUUCUCCAAACUGAACAUUAUUUACUUGUCAGAAAACAGAAUUUUGCCCCUUGUAAAUGAUUUCAGGCAGAAUUCUGCCAACAGAUCCUCUUUCCAAAGCCAUGUCCUCCAACCACGUUCGAUUCGUACUCGGUUUAACCCGCAUUUAAAUUUUUAUCAUAGAACCCAACCUUUAAUAAAGCCCCAAUGUACAAGAUACGGCAGGGCCUUGGAUUUAAGCUUGAACAGUAUUUUCUUCAUUGGGAAAAGGCAGUUUGAAGGUUUUGGUGACAUCGCCUGCUUAAAUCUGUCUUCAAACAACAAUGCUCAAGUGUUAAAUGGAACUGAAUUUUCAGACGUCCGUCGAGUCAAAUACCUGGAUUUGACGAACAAUGGACUGGACUUCGAUAACGUGAAUGCUCUCAGCGAGUUAUCGGACAGCUUAGAAGUUCUAGAUCUCAGCUAUAAUUCCCACUACUUCAGAAUAGCAGGGGUAACACAUCGUCUAGAAUUUAUUGAAAAGUUAAAAAGCCUCAAAGUUUUAAACUUGAGCCACAACAGCAUUUAUACUUUAACAGAAAAUUACACACUGCAAAGCAAUUCCCUGGAAGAGCUGGUUUUCAGUGGAAAUCGCCUUGACAUUUUGUGGAAUGCUGAAGAUGAACGCUACCUCUCCAUCUUUCGACACCUCAAAAAUCUGACCCGACUUGACAUAUCAUUCAACAAACUUACAAAUAUCCGACAUGAUGCAUUCAACAUGUUUCCCCCGAAUCUCACCGAGCUACGCAUAAAUAAUAAUAUGUUAAAGUUCUUUAACUGGACAUUACUCUGGCAUUUUCGUUAUCUCAAGUUGCUUGACUUACACAGCAACAGGCUAUUCUCUUUAACUAACAGCCUGUCUGAGUUUCCCCCUUGCCUUCAGAUCCUGCUGCUGAGUCACAAUAGGGUCUCCUACCUACCCUUGGGCUUUUUCUCCGAGGUCAGCAGCGUGACGCACCUCGACUUAAGUUUCAACUCGCUGAAGAUGAUCAACAAAUCCGCACUUCAGACAAAGACCAGCACCAAUUUAACUCUAUUAGAACUCCACGGAAACCCUUUUGACUGCACCUGUGACAUUGGAGAUUUUCGAACGUGGAUGGAUGAAAAUCUGCAUGUAACAAUCCCCAGAUUGACAGAUCUCAUUUGUGCCAGCCCCGGGGAUCAGAGAGGGGAGAGUAUUGUGAGUCUGGAGCUAACAACUUGCGUUUCCGACACCACCGCAGUGGUGUUAUUUUUCUUCUCGUUCUUUAUCACCACCACGGUGAUGUUGGGCGCCCUGGCUCACCAUCUGUUUUGCUGGGAUGUUUGGUUUAUCUACCACAUGUGUUUAGCUAAGGUGAAAGGCUAUAGGUCUCUUUCCACAUCCCAAACUUUCUAUGAUGCUUACAUUUCUUAUGAUACCAAAGAUGCCUCUGUUACCGACUGGGUGAUCAACGAGCUGCGCUACCACCUCGAAGAAAGUAAAGAAAAGAACGUUCUCCUCUGUUUAGAAGAGAGGGACUGGGACCCAGGACUGGCCAUCAUUGAUAACCUCAUGCAGAGCAUCAACCAAAGCAAGAAAACAGUAUUUAUUUUAACCAAAAAGUUUGCAAAAAGCUGGAACUUUAAAACAGCGUUCUACUUGGCCUUACAGAGACUAAUGGAUGAGAACAUGGACGUGAUCGUAUUUAUCCUGCUGGAGCCCGUCUUGCAGCACUGUCAGUAUCUGAGGCUGCGGCAGCGGAUCUGUAAGAGCUCCAUCCUCCAGUGGCCUGACAACCCCAAGGCAGAAGGCUUGUUUUGGCAAAGUCUGAAAAAUGUGGUCUUAACUGAAAAUGACUCCCGGUAUAAUAAUUUGUAUGUUGAUUCCAUUAACCAGUACUAAUUGAUGUUAAUUUAGUCACGGUUUCACACUGUAAUAAACAUGUGAAGUAAUGACCUUUCUAAGUUAGCUAUCACUAUGUGGCAAAUUACCCCAAAACCUAGUGGCUUAACACAACACACAUUUGCUAGCUGACAGUUUGCAUGGGUCUGCAGUCCAGACACGGCACAACUGGCUCCUCUGCUUCUGGGUCUCUCCAAAGCUGCAAUGUAGGUGUUGGCCAGGGCCACAGGCAUCUCUGGGGUUAGGUCUACUUCCAAGUUCACACCCAGGUGGUUGGUUUCAGAAUUCAGUUCCUCCUGGGCUGUUGGCCAAAGGCUGUUCUCAGUUCCCUGCCAAUGUAGACCUCUCCCACGAGGCGGCCUCCUUCCUCAGAGCCAGCAAGAGAGAGAGGCUGCUAGCAAGAUGAGGUCACAAUCUUUUGUAAUAUAGUCAGGGAAGUUUUAGCCCAUCAUUUGGCAUUCUAUUCAUUAGAAGUAAAGAUACUCUACUUGUUAGAAGUAAACCACAGGGUCUGCCAGCUCCGUGGGAGUGGCCACCUCAGUCAGGGAAAACAGAUGAAGACCAACAUGGUGGACUGUGAUUGCCUCAGUUGGUCAUCAACCAUUUUCCCUGAACUGCUAUCAAGAACAGACUGCCAUCUAGAUUAUGGAUUGUGAAUAUCGGGAGGUGGGGAUCAUCAUGAGCCAUCUUAACACCUGGCCUAAGAAGAAUACCUUCUUUUCAAUAUUUAAGAAGUUUUGCCACUGUAACUAGUGGUUCUAAUAUUAAGCUGGUGUUUAGAUUUAUCAUCAAUCUGUGGCGACACGGUUAUAUUAUGCUGUAGUUGCAUUAGCCUUUUUUACAUUUACUUGUACAAGUAUUGGCUAUACUAUUUGACUUUUAAGGUUUAGAUGUCAUGUAAAGGUUGAGACAAAUAGUUUUUUGAGUGUCUUACUUCUUGAUUACUUUUUAAAAAGUGUGCAGCUAAAUUAGA